CUGGACACCUAUAACCUCAAAAAUUACAUUACUGCAUUUCUCUGCAAUGCAAAAACACGUGUUGUAAAAUCUUGUUUGUUGUGUAAGUUCUGUUUGAUUUAUAACAAGCAAAAUGGGUAGGAAAGCAAAGUUUACUGAAGGUGUCCUAGUGAAAAAAGGGCCUGGCAAAAAAUCUAAGAAACAAAAAGAUCCUACUUUUCCAAAAGCAUUGGGAGUUGAAGAAGAAUAUGACAGAAAGCUAAGCAGGCAUCAAAUAAAGAGGGUUAUGAAAAGGGAUCAAAAAUUGAAAGAGAAAAAGGAAAAAAUACAGGAAAAAAAGUUAAAUAAAGAGAAAAAGAAUUUAACCAAGCAGGAACCACAAAAGAAAAAGAAAAAGACCUCUGUGCCACAAUAUAACAGUGAAGAAUCAGAAGAAGAGGAAGAGAAAGACGAUGAGGAAAGUGAUGAUGAAACUCAAACUGUCGAUGAGGGAUUGUUACCGUCAUCUGCAGGUUUUACAGAUGAUAAUAAGUCAUGGUUGAAACCUAAAAAGAGGAUUACAAUUGAAUAUAGUGACGAAGAAGAAGAUAUUGAACAAGCUGAAUCAGACGACGAUGAAGGCGAAGAUGAAGAAUUGCAAGAGGAAGACAACUCAGAAAACGAAGAACUUGAAGAGGAAGACGACGCGGAAGCAGAAGAAAGCGACGAUGAAGCGGAAUCUGAAGAGGAAGAAGACAACCUUAAAGUAUCCUCGCUGAACGACCUAUCCGACGAGGACGAUUCCGACGACGAAAAGGACGAAUUCGACGGCGACGACGACGACUUGUUGCCGAUCGAAAAGCAGAACAUCAAGUUGAAGAAGAGACAGGCCGAAGAGGCGAAAUCGGCGGAGGAAGAGAUGCAGUUAAACAUCGGCGAUCAGGAGACGUUCCAGUUCCCCACCAAAGAGUCCGAAGAGGAAGUUAAGAGUCUGCAGGACGUGCAGCAAAGGAUCAGGGAUGUUAUCGUGGUUUUAUCCGAUUUCAAGAAGUUGAGGGACGAGAAUCACGUGAGAGGCGACUACUUGGAGAUCUUGAAGAGCGAUUUGUGCACCUACUACAGUUACAAUGACUUUUUGAUGGAGAGAUUCAUGCAGCUGUUCCCUCUCUCCGAGUUGCUGGAGUUUUUGGAAGCUAGUGAAGUGCAGAGACCGCUUACUAUAAGAACCAACAGUUUGAAAACGCGUAGGAGAGACUUGGCGCAGGCUUUGAUCAAUAGAGGCGUGAACUUGGACCCGAUAGGUAAGUGGAGUAAAGUGGGUCUCGUAGUGUACUCGGCGCAGGUGCCCAUGGGUGCUACCCCGGAGUAUUUGGCCGGGCACUACAUAAUACAGGGGGCGUCGAGUUUUUUGCCGGUGAUGGCGCUAGCGCCGCAAGAAAAAGAACGCGUUCUGGACAUGUCGGCAGCUCCCGGCGGGAAAGCUUCCCACAUAGCGGCAGUAAUGAAAAACACGGGCGUCUUGUUCGCUAACGAUUUAAAUCGCGAUCGCAUCAAGGCCGUCGUGGGCAAUUUUCACCGGUUGGGAGUCGUGAACUCCGUCAUAACCUGCAUGGACGGCAGAAAGUACCCGGGCACGAUUAAGGACUUCGACAGGGUUCUGCUGGACGCGCCUUGCACCGGUACGGGUGUGGUGGCGAAAGACCAGAGCGUCAAGACCAGCAAAGACGAGCAGGACAUCCAGAGGUGCUACAACCUGCAGAGAGAGCUGCUGUUGGCCGCCAUAGAUUGCGUCAACGCCAAAUCGGCCACUGGCGGAUACAUCGUCUACUCCACGUGUUCGGUUCUGCCAGAGGAGAACGAGUGGGUCAUAGAUUACGCCUUGAGAAAACGCAACGUCAAACUGGUUGACACCGGUCUUGAAUUUGGCACUCAGGGUUUCACGAACUACAGGCAUUUUAGGUUCCACCCCACGCUAAAACUAACUAGGAGGUUUUAUCCGCACACGCACAACAUGGAUGGUUUCUUCGUGGCCAAGUUGAAGAAGUUUAGCAAUGUUAUACCAACAUCUUCAAAUGACGUUGAUGAGGAAGAUAAUGAGGAAAAAAAUGAAAAUAACAAGAGACCUUUAGGUGAAGAAGAAGAUGAAGUGGAUGAAGAGCAACCUCCCAGAAAACAAAAGAAAGAAAAUAAGAAUAAAAAAAACGUCAAGCAAAAUGGUGUAGGGAAGAAAGAUGGAAGACCAAACAAGGUUAAUAAAAACCAAAAUCAAAAACAAAGUCCUACAAAAGAUAAGAAACCUCAAAAAGGUAAUCAACAAAGUCCUCAAAGUGAGAAAAAACAAAGUCCCAAAAAAGAAAAACCUCAAUAUUCCAAAAAAGAGAAAAAACAAAACUUAAAAGAAAAAAAUGCAAAAAAAGAGAAAGUAGUAAAAACCCCUCAACCAACUUCUGAUGCCGUUUCCAGUCCAAAAUCGCCAAAGUUGAAUGGUAAAAAAAACACAAAUGCAGAAAAGGAAAAAGCAGUAAAAACCCCACAACCAAGUCCAAAAUCACCAAAGUCGAAUGGUAAAAAACCCCAAGACAAAAAAAAAGAAGUUCUUAAAAACAAGAUAGAGAAGAAGCAAAAAAUCAUCACCGAGAAUAAAAAAAAACAAAAACAAAAGCUAAAGAAAAAAAACAACUAAGAAAUGUUUUUUAAUUUGUUGAAUAUAACGUUAUGUUAAAUGUUGAUUAAAUACUGUAUUUUUUAUUAUGACUAAAUAAAUGACUUAAUAAUUAGAAAUAAUUUUUAUUUUUUGUCCCCUUCGACUUUUUAUACAAAUUUUGAUAAAU